GGCGUUCUAAAUCAAGAUGGCGGGAGCUAGGCUCAUUUCAUACUUAAGUGGGUACAUUUUACGUUAUUUUUUAUUUAAAUCGUCAAUAAGUGAAAAUAUCGAAAAGAGAGUUGAAGUUUCAACACCUGUGUCAUCUUGGAAAAGAGUUACAGAAGGUGUCCACCUGUAUAGGCAAGGUGUUUCUCCUUAUUCUGGCGAUGUGUUCCAUGAGUCUCCUUUGUCACUUCUUUUAUAUGAAAUAGUGACGAGAUACAUUGUUGACUGGGUUUCUUUACUUUUUGUGCUCUGUGAUCUUUUAACAGCCUUUUUUCUGGGAGCAGCAGCAAGAAAAUGUGGGAAAAAUUUGGCUGAAAAGGAAAGUAAUUCAUCUAAGUUUGUGGCUGAAUCUUCAACAAUCCUGCUACAAGACUCAGAUGUGGGUAAAGUUGCACUGAUUGUGGAAACUGUAUAUUUGCUGUGUCCAUUCUCUAUUCUGGCUUGUGUUGGAAGGUCAACUUCUGUGUUUACAAACCUACUUUUAUCACUCUCCUUUUUUUGCAUGGUGUAUGGCUUUUCAACAAUAACAGCAGUAAUUUUGGCAUUAGCCACUUAUCAAUCCUUUUAUCCUGUGAUGUUAGUUGUGCCAACUUUUAUUAGUGCUUUUGAGAACAAGAAGACAACUAAAGAAAGAGUUUAUGCAGCACUGCUUAUCUUGCUCAUUUUUGUGAGUACUCUUACAUCCUUAUUAAUCAUCUCAUUCAAGGUGGUGGGAUCAUGGGACUUCUUGUGGUCUACAUAUGGAACCAUUGUAUCAGUUCCAGAUCUUACUCCUAAUGUUGGACUUUUCUGGUAUUUCUUCACUGAGAUGUUCGAUCAUUUCCGUAUUUUCUUUCUGUGGACUUUUCAGAUAAAUGCAUUUAUCUAUAUGCUACCCUUAUCUGUUAGGCUAAGGAAAGAAUAUACAUUACUUGUUAUUAUCCUGCUGGCCCUAACAGCUGUUUUCAAAUCUUACCCAAGUGUUGCAGAUACGGCAUUGUAUUUAUCACUACUGCCUCUGUGGAAGCAUCUAUUCCCUUAUAUGCGACAAACAUUUAUUGUGGGAUGCAUCAUUUUGAGUUGUACUGUUCUGGCUCCGGUUCUGUGGUUCUUGUGGAUUUACCCUGGAAGUGCUAAUGCUAAUUUUUACUUUGGUAUUACAUUAGCAUACAACACUGCCCAAAUCUUCCUUAUAACAGACCUUCUGUUUGCAUACAUUAAGAGAGAUUACAUUUUACAUCAUGGAAAGAAAACUGAAGUUGAUGGAAAGCCUGUACAGCUGGAACUUCGAUAAGUUGAUGGAAAGCUGGAUCUUUGAUAAGUCAUUAGAAUUAAAUAUUUUUGUUUUCUCUGUGUUAACUUAAAUCUGGGUGUUAGUACAUUAGUUAAGUGUGCUGUGUAUGUUUUUUUUACCAUGAAGAGUCAUUCCAUUUAUACUACUGGGUAUAGAAUGAAAGUACUUUAGCUGUUGUUUAUAUAAAGAAACUUUUUUGCUUGUUUAUUUUAUUCUAUUUUGUUUUCAUAGUAUGUUCACAAAGCUUUGGAUUUCACUUGAGAUAUUCUUGUAUUCUUAAUUGCAAGUAUAACCCAGUUUAAUUUACUUAUGAAUAUUUGAUUCAAUGUCAAAUCGUUUGUUGUUUUCUCAAUAAAAGCUUAAUCACAAGUCUCCUCUUCUUUAUUCAUUAAAAUAAGCCUCACUUUUAUUUUUUUAUAUACUCUCAUUUGUAUUGCCUUUUUAUUCUGUGUACAGCUAAUGAUAUUUGCUGUAACACUGAUUUUCCAUAUAUUAGAUUCAAAAGUUUAAGAAAAUAGUGUAAGGCCUGUCACUUCAACUAGAAGAGUGUGACUUCUUUUGUUUUCAUUACUCCUGUACUACCCAGUUUUUCUAGCAUUUGAUGAUUAAUUCUCCCUCCGUUUUUUGAGCCUUUCGUUCAAUGUACAUUAGGUUUAGUAUUCACCCAUAGUGUGUUUCAAAUGUUUACUUUAAUAGUAUCGAGUAGUCUGCAUCUUGUUAUUGGUGUAUGUUUAUUGAGUAUAUAUCUGUGCAACACUUCCAGUGCACAAGUAAAGACAUAUUCAAUUUACCAGUGUUCCAGAUCUAAGCUCUGUGUCAUGGAUAACAAGAAACAUUUUUUCGACAUCAGAUCUUCAAAAGUUGACUAGAUGUUUUCAGUUAACUCAGUUCGUAGUGGUUUUUCUUUAUACUAUUGUUCAUGUACAUUGUGUAUUGUUGUUUUUUCCUCCUGGAAAUGUAAAUUUUGUUUUUAUCUUAAGAAACUUCAUCCCACUUACUCUUAUUACUGGCAUUUGUAAAUCUUUUAUAAACUUAUUAAAUUUAAUUGAAAAAACCAAGUUCUUGUUUUAAGAUUUUUCCUACUGAUUCAAUGUGAGUGUUUGAGUUUUCUUCCACUGUUGACUGGUUGUUCCUUGUAUAUUUUCUGAAAAUCUGUUGAAUUUUACAACUCUUUGUAACUGUACUUUGUGAAAGAAAUGUUGUUGAUAUAUAAUUUAUGGUAUCAUCAGCAUCUUACAACAUUAAUAAAGUACUGUAUAAUGAAUACCUGACUGGAACUUUAAUUAUGUUUACCAUUCACAGUUUCUUUCUUUAUCUUUUUUAUUUCCAAUACAGUACUUGCAGUUAUGUGUCCACUUGUCUCUCAGUUUACACUGUACUCACAGCUUAACAUCGCUGUAUUUGUAUGCAUUUCAGAAUUCUGACAUUUUGAGAUAUUUCAACAUGUUUAAAAAGUAUGUUCACAAUAAGUUUUCUUUUUUUAGAUUAGGUAGUCAUUUUAGAGAAUUUCCAGUUGUAGUUCUUGUCAUUUCUUAUAAUUGGUAAUGUUAAAAUCCCAUCAGAGAUUUCUACUUGAUUUAUAUAAUAUUCAAAAGUACUUGAAUAAAUAUCAGAAAUCUUCACUUAAAUCUAGUAUUUCUUCUAUAUGAUCUAACUGUUUUCACAUUUUACCAACUUUGAAUUCAACCCACCAUUUGAAAUAAGUCAUUCCUUUUGGUAUUACUGAAGAUGAGUGGUAUUCUCUGAAUAUGAUGUAAAAGGAGUGUGACAAGAGAAAAUAAAGUAUUUGUAUAUCA